UGCGUGAUAAAGUGUUUGACAGAUAGUCAUUAUUCUCUGCUCAGUUAAUUUCAUUUAAGCUCAGUGUAAAUUAUGUGGAUCGUGCAUUUGAAGUUAAAUUCAACACUCUGUCCAUAGUCCAAAAUGCCUAGAGAACGACGUGCGAACAUCGGCCGCCGCACAAGACAUGCAAGCCAGCAACAAGUCUAUUCAAGGAACUUAAGAGAAGAAAGACAAAAUAUAAUAAGAGAAAAUGACCGAUUGAGACAUCGCGUGAGCACACGAAGAUCAUUGGCAUCAUACAAUCGCUUGGCAUUCCAAUAUGAUCCCACUGCGAACUACAGUGAUGAUGAAAAUUUGGAUAUUGGACGAAUGACGACUAUAUGCCGAUAUUGCAAUGCGUUAAAGUUCAAAAGAGAAACGGUUGGAUUGUGCUGCGCAAGUGGAAAAGUCAAACUGGAUCCAUUACUUACACCACCACAGCCACUGAAAACAUUGUUUGAUGGAAGUGAUCCCGAUUCCAGCCAUUUUCUUCAACACAUCCUUGAAUACAAUAACUGCUUUCGCAUGACUUCCUUUGGAGCUAAUAUCAUUCGAGAAGGCGGCUUCAUGCCGACUUGCAAGAUACAAGGUCAAAUAUAUCAUUUGCAUGGUUCAAUGGUGCCAACCACACCAGAUGAACCGCAUCAAUUUCUGCAAAUAUAUUUCAUUUCGUCGAUGGUGGAUCAGCUGAACGUGCGGUGCAAUAUACAGGGAGCACAACAGUUAAAGAGACGAAUUAUUGAACAGUUGCAAGCAUUUUUUCACGCUAAUAAUGCUGUGGUUAAUAUGUUCAAAACAGCAUUGGAACGAAUGCCAUCGGAUACGCACAAAUUUGUCAUAAGAGCGGAUUGUACUCCAACAGGUGAACAUGUGCGAAGAUUCAAUGCACCCACCGUUAAUGAUGUUGCUGCAAUUAUUGUUGGCGAUCCAACUAAAUCACGAGACAUUGUCGUUCAGCGAAGAAGCAAUAUCAUGCAUCGUGUAAACGAGACACAUCGUUUGUACGAUGCGUUACAAUAUCCAAUCAUUUAUUGGCAAGGGCAAGACGGAUACGACAUCACGUUGAAGAUGGUCGAUCCAAUUACAGGAGUAUCAACGAAUAAUAAAAAUCUAAGCGCAAUGAAUUACUAUGCGUAUCGUAUGAUGAUUCGUACACAUGAGGAGAAUGUCAUUCUGAAGUGCGGUCGGCUAUUCCAGCAAUUCGCUGUCGACAUGUAUGUCAAAGUCGAGACCGAACGUUUAGCGUUCAUCAGAUUCAAUCAGCCAAAGCUACGAUCUGAGGACUAUAUACACUUGCGUGAUGCUAUUCAUUCAGAUGGUGAUGUUCAGAAUAUUGGACGACUGACGGUUCUCCCAUCAACUUAUAUCGGAAGCCCACGCCACAUGCACGAAUACGCUCAAGACGCUAUGACGUACGUGCGAAAUUAUGGAACUCCGGAUUUAUUUAUUACGGUCACAUGCAAUACGAAGUGGACGGAAAUUGAACGCGAGUUGGAACCGGGUCAAAAACCGCAAGAUCGCCAUGACAUAAUCGCCAGAGUAUUUCAGCAAAAACUCAAGGUUAUGAUGGAUGUGCUUACUAAGUAUCGAGUUUUUGGUGACACACGUUGUUAUAUGUACUCGGUGGAAUGGCAGAAGCGUGGACUACCGCAUGCUCAUAUCCUAAUUUGGUUGCUGAACAAAUUACAUUCAAAUGAAGUGGAUGACAUCAUAUCAGCUGAAAUUCCUGAUCCAGUCACUGAUCCCCGUCUACACGACAUUGUGACGACACAGAUGGUGCAUGGACCGUGCGGUGCAUUAAAUCCAUUAUCGCCUUGCAUGGCUGAUGGAAAGUGCACAAAACGAUAUCCGCGACCGUUAGUUGCUGAAACAGUCACAGGGAACGAUGGAUAUCCAGUUUAUAUCAAAGUUAAAGUUCAAAAUCAAGAGAUUGAGAUCGGAAAUGAAUUCAUUGUACCAUAUUGCCCGCUGCUAUCACGAAUUUUCGAAACACAUGCAAACGUUGAGAGUUGUCAUUCGGCCAAAUCAAUCAAAUAUUUGUGCAAGUACGUCACAAAAGGCAGCGACAUGGCUGUGUUUGGUAUUGCGUCGGAAAAUGUGAAUGACGAAAUCAGCAACUUCCAAAUGGGCAGAUACGUCAGUACUAAUGAAGCACUGUGGCGAUUAUUGUCAUUUCAAAUUCAUGAAAGAUAUCCCACAGUUGUACAUUUAGCAGUGCAUUUGGAAAAUGGCCAAAGAGCUGCACAAUUUUCCAAACAAUUGUUAGAUCUUGGAAAUGGAAAAGUCCCAGUUGAUGCGACAUCUGGAUUAAUUACUCUUACCAACGACUUUUGCCGAUUUGUAGACACUCAAUUAGUUCUUAUUGAAAAUGUUUUCCCAAACAUUAGUGAGAAUUAUAAGAAUUAUGCUUGGUUAAGUCAACGAGCAAUUCUUGCAGCAAAGAAUAAUGAUGUCCACGCACUGAAUUUCACCAUUCAAUCAAAAAUUGCUGGCGAUUUGGUGACAUACAAAUCCGUUGAUUCAAUAACAAAUCCCGAUGAUGUAGUAAAUUAUCCAACGGAGUUUUUGAACUCUCUGGAGAUACCAGGAUUUCCACCACAUAACUUGCAACUGAAAGUUGGUACAGUUAUUUUGAUACUGCGUAAUUUGAAUCCACCGCGACUUUGCAACGGUACUCGACUUUCGGUAAAGAGACUUAUGCCGAAUUUAAUUGAGGCAACCAUUAUUAACGGAAAAGUCUUUCAUAACUACGGUUUAAUCGACCAAGAAAGUGAUACUUCCGACUUUGAAAAUGAAAUGGCAGAAUUUAACGUUGCAAUUCGGAAAGAGAAAAUUUUUAGAGAACGCAAAAAUUACUUCGAGUUAUUAGACGAAGUAGAGUUUCAGAAACGAUUUCGUUUGAAGAAACAAACAGUUAAAAUAAUCCUGGAAGAAUUACAAGAUCAGAUAAAAUAUCCCACCAACAGAAAUAAUGCCAUCUCUCCAAUGACGCAAUUGUUACUAACAUUGAGGUUUUUUGCUACGGGGAAUUUUCUCAUUACAGCCGGUGACUUUAGUGGUGUUAGCGUUGCAGCUGCUGGACAAAUUGUAAAGCGAGUCAGUUAUGCAUUAGCUACAAAAAGUGAUAAAUAUAUAAAAAUGCCUAAAACAACAGCAGAGAUAAUGGAGCUGAAAGUUAAGUUUUAUGGAUUAGCCCGUUUCCCAAAAGUAAUAGGUGCAAUAGAUUGUACCCACAUCAAAUUACAAUCUCCGUCGAGAGAAUAUGGGGAACAAUAUAGAAAUAGAAAGGGGUAUUUUUCCCUAAAUUUACAAGCUUUGGUUAAUGCAAAUUUGGAGUUCUUGGAUGUAGUGGCACGUUGGCCCGGCUCAGCACAUGACAGCAAUAUUUUUGCAAAUAGCAGGCUCAGGGCAAGAAUGGAACUCCACGAGUUUAAAGAUUGUGUGAUUUUGGGAGACGCAGGCUAUGCAUUAUCCCAUUACUUACUAACGCCUAUACCAAAUCCAACAACCAAGGCUGAAAGAUUGUACAAUGAAUCUCAGAUUAGGACUCGUAAUGUGGUGGAACGGACAUUUGGAGUCUGGAAACGAAGAUUCCCUGUCUUAUUUUUUGGACUCCGUUUGAAAAUGGAAACAUCAAUGGCAGUUAUUCAGUCCUGUGCCAUACUUCACAACAUUGCUCGCUUGGCAAAUGACCCACAACCACCAGAUGAGGUUGAAAAUAUCACAGAUUUAUUAACCAAUGAAUUAGUGGAUAUAGAAGAUGCUAUACAGCCAGAACAUAAUAAUUGUGGUCUGAGAAAUGCUCUUAUAGCAGAACAUUUUGGUCUCAUGUGA